AUGAAUGGCCUACCAGGAUACUAUGGGCAGCCUUAUCCAAUCGUGGAUAUGCAGUCCAUGGAAGGUUACAAUCAAGAUGGCAACAUGGACGCUGUUGACCCUUCCACCAUAGACCUGGAUAUGGUGGGUCAGCCACAGAGUCUUCACCAGAUCAUCAGUCAGAACAAUGCACAAUUGAUGCGCCGGCGCGCCUUCGAAUCCGACUUUCCACAGACCAGCCGUGACCACACUCGAAGAGCGUCCAUGCAUGAAUUUGGGUCUUCUACCAACACUGACAUUGCCAAUUUUCAAUUCGACCCAAAUCCCAAUGAACUAAACCCCUCCAUACCCACAUCCAUCGCUGGUGUGCCUUCAGCAGACAUGACAUACCAACAAAAAUCUCUCGAUUCCCUCAGAGGUCGGCUUCACGAAGACUUGUCUUUGGACACUCGUUUUUCCCAGAUGAAUACUCGUUUCGGGGACAUGUCGGCGGCUAACACCUAUUCGCCAGCCAUGAUGUCCAACGAACCUUCUCCCGCCUACAUACCCCAAGCCCUAGAUUCCAGGGUGGAUUACGAUGCCAUGGCGCAAAACACAAUUCCAGCCCGAAUGGGCGCAAACUCGAUACCGGGUCCGAUGUACACAGCCUCGCCCAUCGCCCCAAGUUUUCCCGUGUCUUAUCUGCCACCAAAUACCGGAACUGCAAACAACCAGAGGCACGCAUCAGUCGUAGGCGUGGAUGACAUGGUCCCAACCACCAUGUCGCAAAACUUCGUAAAUCCACAAAUUCCGCUUCAGAUGCAAAGCGCGAUUUCUCACUCCGUGCCCGCGACAUCCGCUCCAGGUUCAUCGAUGCCUUCACCAUUACACACGCAAAGAGCCCCAGCGAGACGACAGUCUCUCGGCAUGCCAUCCCGAAUGCAAUCACAACCGACUUCCAGUGGAGCCAAUUCCAUCAACCCUGCGGCUCAGAGUAUUGAUCAGAGUUUGACAGCAUUCGGACCUCCCGGACCGCCCUCAAAAUAUGCCAAUGCCUAUUCUUCCAGCGGUUUUGACAUGCUCGGCGUCCUCAUGAGGGUUGCGACCAGGCAAAAACCCGAGAUCAAUAUCGGCCCGGUAGACCUCUCCUGUGCGUUUGUCGUUUGUGACAUCGAGAAGCACGACUUACCCAUCGUGUAUUGCUCGGAAAUGUUUGAGCGCCUUACUGGCUACACGAAACAUGAGAUUCUCGGACGGAAUUGUCGAUUCCUACAAGCCCCUGACGGUAAGGUACAGCCGGGAGUGAAACGGAAAUAUGUCGACGAUGGGUCGGUGCUCUAUCUAAAAAACCAAAUCAGCAAGAGACGAGAGGCCCAACUGAGUCUGAUCAAUUAUCGAAAAGGUGGACAGCCAUUCAUGAAUCUGCUUACGAUGAUACCAAUUCCUUUCGACUCGGAUGAUUUCAAGUAUUACGUUGGCUUUCAGGUUGACUUGGUUGAGCAACCUAGUUCCGUUUCAGGGAGAAAUCCUGACGGAAGCUAUGCCAUCAACUAUAACCGUAGCUCACUUCCCGCAUACGCUCUGCCGCCAACUCCAGAUACAACGCAGGCCAUCCAAGAGAUGGGUCAAACGAUUCCGCGAGACGAAGUCUCACAUGUUUUGACCACAGUGGGCCGUGGAGAGACCGAACUCUCGCGACGCCUCUGGGAUAAAAUCCUACUGGAGAAUACUGACGACGUGGUGCAUGUUUUGUCUCUGAAGGGCUUGUUUUUGUAUCUCUCACCCGCCUGCCGCAAAGUUCUCGAGUAUGAUGCGAACGAACUUAUCGGCAUGGCCUUGUCAUCCGUCUGUCAUCCCAGCGACAUUGUCCCCGUCACUCGCGAAUUGAAAGAUGCCUCUAGCUCCGCCAUGGUCAACGUCGUCUAUAGAAUUCGUCGAAAACACAGUGGCUAUACCUGGUUCGAAGCUCAUGGUUCCUUGCACACCGAACAAGGCAAAGGUCGAAAGUGCCUGAUUCUCGUCGGUCGCGAACGACCAGUCUAUGUGUUGGACCGGACGGAAUUGGCAUCUGAAGGAAGUCUGGGUGAAAGUGAGCUCUGGACGAAGAUUUCGACGGCGGGAUUGUUUUUGCACGUUUCUUCCACAUCGCGAGUCUUGUUGGACCGUUUGCCAGAAGAUCUCGUUGGGACGAGCAUGCAAGCUUUGAUGAGACCUGACUCUAGACCAGCAUUCAUGAAUUUGCUGGAAAUUGCUCGAUCAGGACAGAAGGCUACUUGCAAACACGAUCUUCAGAACCGACGCGGACAAGUUCUACACGCACAAACAACCAUCUACCCAGGCGAUGCGCGACCGGGAUUCAAACCGACAUUUCUCCUCGCUCAGACGCGACUGCUAAAGAUGACACGAGCUGCCUUGUUGAACCACAAAUCAACUUCUUCCACUGCCCUAUCUCCACGCACGGAUCAUGCUUCAGUUGGGUCAGGUACUCCAGCAACGCACGUGUCGGGUCCCUCUACACUCAACAGGGCGCAGAAAUCGAAUACUACCAUCUCCACCACCUCGAGCUUUGCAAAUCCCAACCCUGCAGUAACGAAUGCCGGGACUUACGGACUCAGUAUUGGUAACCAAGACGAAGCAUUGGCAGCUGAUGAAAACAUUUUCGACGAACUGAAAACGACGCGAAGCACGAGUUGGCAAUUCGAACUCAGGCAGAUGGAGCGACAGAACCGAGUACUGGCUGAAGAGCUCCAGGCGUUACUUGGCAGGAAAAAGAAGCGCAAAAGGAGAAAGGGGCUCGGACAGCUCGAAAAGGACUGUGCGAACUGUCAUACACGCGUAACUCCGGAAUGGCGUCGAGGACCAAGCGGAAAUCGCGACUUGUGCAACAGUUGUGGACUUCGUUGGGCAAAACAGGUGAGUAGUGCCAUUCACAAUCCUUCCCCACGCCCUGUUGGCAACAAGGCUGAUGUGACUGUCCAUCUUCAGAAUGGCCGUGUUUCACCCAGGAAAUAUUCGGGCAUGAGUGAUAAGAGCUCUACCUCACCAGCUUACAGCACCCAAGUCCCUGCAUCCAACGGUGAUGAACGCGCUGGCGCCCAGUCGGGGAGGAAUGACGGAACUGGUCGGGGAGGAAGUGUCCCAACACUGAUUAAACAACAGAGCACUAGCAGCAACGGUGCUAAUGAUUCAUGGCGAGGUUCUCAUCCACCCAAGAUCGAAGAGGCUCCUAAUGAAGCGAACGUGCUACCUACUUAG